UCAUAAGAUAUAACAAUGACCGAUUACGUCUUUAUAGAAGACAAUUUCUUAUAUUCAUUAAAAAUGAAUGCAAUAAUUGAUUUCAAUGGUUUCUACAACUCCGGCAACGAAUAUGUCAUAAAAGAAUACUCGAUUCGAUUGAUUCGUGAUGGGACUAAUGAAGAAACGGAUGGUUUACAUCGAGUAUCAAAAAAGUUAACGGGGUGGAAGGUUUUAUCUAAAAAUGCUCGAAAUAGAUACAGAGAUUAUUUCAAGACUUAUGGAAUAUCUUGGAAAACAGGGACGCAUGGCCAUAAAUUUAUUGUUAAAGAGUUAUGGGACGUAUUGCGUAAUAGCAGAACGAUUUACCUUCUGUACGAAGGCAAACGCAAUAUGCUAGCUAAUUAUCUCGGCGACGAACUAAACUUUAGAUUUGAAUACUUCAAAGAGAUGGGCUUCGACUUCAAACCUGAUUUACACACAGAAUGCCGGUACCACGAACAUCCAAAAAAAAACAACUGCGCAAAUGAUAACGUUUCAAAAAUGGUGGAAUGGUUUACUGCCAGGAUUACCGAUUUUUUAAGGGGAAAUCUUAUUAUUGUCAUCGAUUUCAACGGUUGGUAUUUCUCUGACGAAGAGUAUAUGAUCAAAGAAUAUGCAAUGUACUUUAUUCACAACAAAACUAACCAAGUUAUAUUCAGAGACCUUCAAGUAUCGAAAGCUCCUGUUCUUUGGGACCAAUUGGACAAAUACAAACGGAACGAGUGGGAGGCUUAUUAUCGUAUUUAUGGAAUUGAAUGGAAUCACGGUACAUGUGAUACUGAGUCUAUCAAAAAAAAUCUUAAAGAUAAAUUUCGUUCAUCACAAGAAAUUUACGUUCGGGACCAAAAAAACCAUAACUUGUUAAAAAAAUAUCUCGAUUAUGACUUUGAAGCCAGUCGUUUGACUGAUAUGAACUUGGAAUUUGAGGAUAAGAUGGCAACUAAAUGUAAAAAUCACAUCCAGCGAAGCAAAAACAAUUGCGCCAAUGAUAAUGCUUCGAAAAUGAUAUCGUUAUUAUCACAAACUUUUAAUCAACCUAAGCUGAACAUUGUUAUUGAUUUCAAUGGGUGCAUGAUCAACAAAAAGUACGUAGUUAAAGAAUACUCGUUGUAUGUAGUUGAAAAUGAGACUUAUGAAGUUAUUCGGAAUGAUUUUGAAGUCUCUAGACCACCAAUCAAAAAAGAACAAUUGAACAAAAAGUUCCAAGAUAAAUGUACAGACUACACCAAUGAAUUUGGGAUCGAUUGGGAUUACGGUACUCGCGAUUAUGAAACAAUUAAAAAAUAUUUACAACAAGAAUUCCGAAAUUCAUACAAGAUUUAUGUGAUCCGUAAAACUAAAUAUCGAUUGCUACAAAACUAUCUUAACGGUAAACUAAGAUCAAAUUUCGUAUAUCUGAAAAAAUUAGGAUUUGAAUUUAAGCCGAAAAUGAGUACUUCCUGCUCUAAUCAUCAAGAGCCAUUAAACAAAAAUUGCGCGAACGAUAACGUUGAGGAAAUGCUCAGUUGGUUGCAAGACAAAAAACCAGAAGCCAACAACGUAACAAAGAUAAACUUUAGUGGCUUAACAAUGCCUAAAUUUGAAAGACCGAUCAAAUUUCAAGCCAGUAAUGAAACAAAAGCGGAAGAUAAUGGCUCCAAACGAUUCAAAUUCAAUCGUGAAACGGAGCCGGAAGUUAGUGAUACAACAAGCUCAGUACCUAGUCCACCAAUGCAAAAAUCUACAAUUGAAAGGAGCCUAUUACCUAAUCCUCCACCAAUUCCAAAAUCUAGCAGUGCAGCAAGUUUAAUACCCAGUCCACCACCAAUGGCAAAAAAUGAUAGUGUACAAAAUCUAAUUCCUAAUCCUCCUCCAAUGUCAAAAUCUAGUAGUUUAGCAAGCCUAGUACCUACUCCUCCACCAAUGACAAAAAUUGGUAGUGUAGAAAAUCUAAUACCUAAUCCUCCGCCAAUGUCAAAAUCUAGUAGUAUAGCAAGCCUAGUACCUACUCCUCCACCAAUGCUAAAUGGUGGUAGUGUACAAAAUCUAAUACCUACUCCUCCACCGAUGUCAAAAUCCAAUAGUUCAGCAAGCCUAACACCUAGUUCUGUGCCAAUGUCAAAAUCGAAUAGUUUAGCAAGCCUAAUACCUAGCCCACCAAUGCAAAAAACUACGAGUGAAAGGAGCCUAUUACCUAAUCCUCCACCAAUUCUAAAAUCUAGCAGUGCAGCAAGUCCAAUGACAAAAAUUGGUAGUGUAAAGAACCUAAAACCUAAUUCUCCGCCAAUGUCAAUAUCUAGUAGUUUACUAAGCCUACUUUCUAGUUCUCCGUCAAUGUCAGAAUCUAGUAGUUUAGCAAACCUAACACCUAAUCCACCAAUGGAAAAAACUGCGAGUGAAGGGAGCAUAUUAUCUAAUCCUCCACCAAUGCAAAAAUUCAGCAGUGCAGCAAGUUUAGUACCCAGUCCACCACCAAUGACAAAAAUCGGUAGUGAAAAAAAUUUAACACCUAUUUCUCCACCAAUGCUUAAUGCUAGUAAUGCAGUUAAUGCAGUAGCUAGUUCUUCAACAAUUUCGAAAUCAAAUAGUUUCGCAGAGCCAAACGUUAGUGAUCCGAACAAAAAUACAAUAAGUUUCUUAGACGACUUAAAUAAUGCAAUUCAUAGAUUGAAACCCGUGAAAAAAAAUAGGUGAAAUGAAAUAAACUUAAAAUUGUUCUUGAAUAAUAAUUUAAUAAGAGAAAAAUUUAAUAAAGAUUUGAAACAUUGUAAUUUGAGAGUAUUUGAAAAUAACUUUUUUUC